ACGAUCGAUCGUCUCUCCAGUCCCAGUCCCGUUCCGAAUCGCAAUCGCAGUCGCAGCCGUACCCCAUCGUAAUAGAAAUAGUUUUUCCAGUGCUCGCCUCCAACUAAAAAGUAGAAACAAAAUUUAUUACAUAAAUACAAAAAAAAAGAAGCAGCAGCAGCAGCCGAAAAAUAAUCCCACAAAAUAAUACAACAAAAAUCUUAUGCAAAUGCGUUUUCAAAAAUAAUUAAGCGACCGCCUCGAGAUUUGGCACGAAAGUCGUUUUAUUGCAGUGCCUUAAACAUUUGUGGAUUUUUUAUCUCGGUUUUUGGAUUUACCCCGCAGCCUCCUCCAGUGCAAUCUCCAAAAAGCCAUGUGCCUGCCAUAAGCCAAAAGCCAUAGACAUAGACACCGAUUCCUAAUUGACAACCGAAGAGCCAACUAAAUGGACGCGUAGCAAACGGCCCAAGAGAGCGAGAGAGAGUGAGAGCCGAGAGCGUGAUUUGGAUUUCCAUCGUGAUAUCGAACAGAGCCAGAGGCGAAACACCUCAAACGAGCCAGAGAAACAAAAUUCACGCCAAAAUGUCCAACGCCACAAAAAUGGUUUACAGUUAUAGAAUUUUAUGGCUUUCCGGCGUUUUACUAGCUCCUAUCCUGCUGGCCGCCAUUGCGGUACAAGGCCAAGAGCCAGCCAGUCCAGUAUUUCAAAAUCACAAGACGAAGGAAUGGACGAAUUUAGAUAAUAUAACAUUCUCAUUCGAUUGCAAGAGGCGAUCGGUGGGCUUCUAUGCCGAUAUGGAGUACAAUUGCCAGAUCUUCCAUAUGUGCGACGAGGAGGGCAAUCGGAUUCCACAUCUCUGCGCCAACGAGACGAGCUUCAAUCAGGAAUACAGAAUCUGUGAUUGGGACUACAAUUUCAAUUGCACAGAGUCACCCAAAUGGUUCUAUCUGAAUGAACUGACUUAUGCCACAGAUCCGCCGGAUGAAGACGAUGAGGACUACUAAAACGAUUUGCACUUAACUAAAUAUUUAUUGUCUUUCCAAAAGCAACAAACUAAUUAAAUUAAAAUGCCCUGAAUGAAUAGAAUUCUGUAAAAAAUUCCAUGAAAUGAAA